AUGAGACCUAAAGAAUCAGAUGUUUACAAGAGAAUUCGCUUGCUGGGAUAAGGAUCGUUUGGGAAAGCCUACUUGUGUGAGUCCUUGAAAGAUCAUUCUCUUUGCGUAAUUAAGCAGAUGGAUAUGAGGUAUUUAAGUGAGGAGGAAAAAAAAGAAACCUAUUAAGAGUUUAGAAUCAUGGCUCAACUAAAGCAUCCCAACAUCAUCAACUUUAGAGAGGUUUACAAAACUGUCAAAGGGAAAUUAUGUAUUGUAAUGGAUUAUGCUGAGGGAGGAGAUCUGGCACAAUUGAUUAAAAAUUAUGAAGGUUCUAUCCCAGAAUCCAGAAUUUUAGAUUGGUUUACUUAAAUGUGUUUAGCAAUCAAACAUUGUCAUGAUCGUAAAGUCAUUCACCGAGAUAUUAAAACAUAAAACAUGUUCCUUACAAAGGAUAUGAGGAUAAGGUUGGGAGAUUUUGGAAUUGCAAGAUUGCUAGAUAACACUCGUGACAAAGCACAUACAAUGGUCGGUACUCCAUAUUAUUUGGCUCCAGAAUUGCUAGAAAACAAACCUUAUAGUUUUAAAGGUGAUGUUUGGUCUUUGGGAGUCAUAUUAUACGAAAUGUGUGCUAAAACUCCUCCGUUCAAUGCAGACUCGUUAGCAUCACUAGCAUUAAAAAUAGUUCGUGGGCAGUAUUAAGCUAUCUCAAAUAACUAUUCGUCAUAAUUGAGAACCCUUGUGAAUUAACUUCUGACAAUGUCCAUUAGAUAUUAAAAAUGCAACAAUCAUCACAAAUAGAAUAAAGAACUUUCUAUCUGA